AUGGUUGACGCUGGGGACUACGUCAACGGCAACGGCACUGCUAGCCAGGACCCCGAUUCUCGAUGGCUGAUUACAAACGUCGGAUACGUAGGCACUGGCUCGUUGCCGUUCAGCUUCGAGUUUGAUUACACGCGUUGGCUCGGCACAACCAUGCCCACGGGCGACUGUGCGUUGUUCACGACGCUCCAGGAAGCAGAGACUCAAGCGGCCAAUCUUGACAGCCUUGACUACCCGGAAAGCCCUCAAGCAGAAACAUUCCUUAACGAGUCCAUCAUUUUGCUGCAAAACUCCCACCCGACUGGGGGAUCCACUACCUUCUAUGCGUCCUGCUCAUACAGUUUUCCGGGUCUUGAGUAUGGAGCGAAUGAAGCAUAUUCCCUCAUAUCGUUCACCGAACACGUAGACCUGGCAACGUAUGUGGAUUAUGAUGGCGACAAUUUCUUCUUAGACCCAAAUGGCAAGUAUAUCAUAAUCAUGAUGAGCAAUGGAGCUAAUGGCAACAGCCAAAUAACAUUUAAUGUACAAACAAACAGUAAUGUGCAAUCGAUAAUUGCCAACGGUAAAUGCAAACUAUACAUCGGCCAAUCAGCAGCGAUUGCAGCAGGCGAUGUACUCACACCCACAACGACAUCUCAAGCGCAAGUCACAACAUCGCCUGCAGACGUUACGUCUCAAUCGCAAUCGACCACACAAACCACUGCUGAUGUCUCUGAUCCUACAACACUGACUGUGGCGGAGGCUUCUGAUUCGAUAGCACCUGUAACUGAGUCGACAACGACAGCUGUUCCGUCGACUCCAGUAAUUACCGACGGUCAAGCGCCAGUUGUCACCGAUUCUACAUCCCCGACUGUGGCGGAGGCUUCUGAUUCGAUAGCACCUGUAACUGAGUCGACAACGACAGCUGUUCCAUCGACUCCAGUAAUUACCGACGGUCAGUCGCAGGAUUAUGUUGCAUGGUUACCAGUUGAACCCAUUGAAAAUCAGGGACAAACAACUGUGUCAACUUUAGGCAAUGAAAUGUCACAGACAAGCUCGUCGUAUUCUACCACCACAGCGGUUGCAGAUGUCGCAAAUACACGUGUAAAGACGCAUGAAGGGUCUGCAGAAAAACAUCAGUUCGCUACAGGCACAUUGUUGUGGGACGAAAAGUAUUCGAAUAUCUUACGUUGCAUGCGAAGGUGUCUUCGAGAUUUGGACUGUGAGGGUUUCGUUUGGAAAUCUGAGGAACUCGAGUGCCAAGGAUAUAAAGACAUCGAAACUUCCGGUUUAAAGACAUCUGUACCGUCUUUUGUAUAUACUAUCGAAACUUUAUAAUGUUCAAGGUUUUUGUUCCUUGAAUGUUAACCCUUUCAGUGCGGGAACCGAAUUUUGAAGGCCUUUGCAAACAGUUUGGAUCCAGAUGAGACGACACAGAACGUGGCGUCUCAUCAGGAUCCAAACUGUUUGCUAUUCUGAUAGUAUUCUUUGAAAAAAAUCGAAGAAAAUGCUAAUUUUAGAAAUUGAGCAGACGACAUUUUAGCAGACGACAAAUUUCCCAGCAUGCAAAGGGUUAAU